ACUCUAGUGAAGAGUCUCAAGUGAACAACACUCUCUCUUCGAUUUCUGCAGUUUCAAUGGCUUCCUUAACAACAUCUUCGUCUUCCUCGCUUCUUCCCAAAACACUUCUCCCCGUAAGCCAUCUGAAUCGUUUCUCUACACUCUCCGAUAUCCGCGUUGGCGACACAUGGACUCCUCUGCUCCGGAGCAUCUCCACCGCUGGGUCUCGGCGUCGGGUGGCGAUUGUGAAAGCUGCGACGGUGGAUUCUGAUUACUCGUCGAAACGGAGUAGUAGUAAUGAGCAGAGAGAGACGAUUAUGCUUCCUGGAUGUGAUUACAAUCAUUGGCUUAUUGUAAUGGAGUUUCCCAAAGAUCCAGCGCCAACUAGAGAGCAGAUGAUUGAUACUUACCUUAACACUCUUGCUACUGUUCUUGGAAGCAUGGAAGAGGCAAAGAAGAACAUGUAUGCAUUCAGUACCACCACGUAUACUGGAUUCCAAUGCACCAUCGACGAAGAAACAUCUGAGAAGUUCAAGGGUUUGCCUGGAGUGCUCUGGGUCUUGCCUGACUCCUACAUAGAUGUCAAGAACAAAGACUAUGGAGGCGACAAGUACAUCAAUGGAGAGAUUAUCCCGUGCACAUACCCAACAUACCAACCAAAGCAGCGCAAUAACACAAAGUAUCAAAGUAAGAGGUACGAAAGAAAAAGAGAUGGUCCUCCACCACCAGAACAGAGGAAACCAAGACAAGAACCCGCCGCUUCUGAUUCCUCUUAAACGAUAAUAAGAUAAUGGAGUGUUUGCAAGUUUUGAUCUUUUGGUUAGUCCCUUAGCUUAUUGAAGUCGAGUGUAAAAUCGUCUAGUACCCAAAUGAUGAUACUAUCAUCACCACACCUUGAACAAUAUUUUUAUUGUUUUGUAGGAUGAACUUCAACUUGAACCAUUUGUUUUUUUAGGGUAUGUUUGGCUUUGGUUUGGUUUGAUUU